AUGUCGACAACAGACGUACUCAUCGUCGGCGCAGGUCCAACGGGCCUGACCCUCGCCCUCGAGCUCUCCGUCCAAAAAAUCCCCUUCCGCAUCAUCGACAAACUCGAAGCUCCCUCGGACAAAUCCCGUGCCCUGGCCGUGCAAUGCCGCACGCAAGAGCUCCUCAACCGCCAUCCCACCGUCGCCAAGGAAAUGCUGGCGAACGGCGUCCAGGGCCCCGGCGUCAACAUCCACUGCAACCAGAAGCACCUCAUCACCGGCACGUUUGACGACCUUGGCUUCGACGACACCCAGUUCCCCCUGCCGAUAUGGAUCCCGCAGGGCGACACCGAGGCGGCGCUGACGCGGCAGCUCGAAGACUACGGCGGCAAGGUUGAGCGGGGCAUCACGGCGGAAGACAUCGAGCAGGACGCCGACUCCACCACGGUCACGCUCGUCAAGGGCAGCGAGAGGGAGGUCCUCAAGGCCAAGUACAUCGUCGGCUGCGACGGCGCGCACAGCGCCGUACGCAAGAGCACCGACCUUACCUUUGAAGGUGCCCAGUAUCCCCAGACGUUCAUCCUCGCCGACAUCAAGCUUGGAGGCCCCUAUGAUACCGAGAGGGUGUCCAUGUACCUUGGCGGGCGCAUCAUGGUCAUCUUCCCUCUGAAGGACGGCGUCGUCCGCAUUGUCGGCGAGAGGUCUUCAUACAGCAAAUACUCUGGUGAUCCGACUGUGCAGGAGAUCAAGGAGUUCAUUGAGGAGUUGGCCGGGGGCACGUGGGAGGUCACCGAUCCGAUCUGGCUGACGCAUUUCCGCUGGAACUGCCGAGGCGUGAACAAUUACCGCGACGGACGCAUCUUCGUGGCCGGCGACGCGGCGCAUAUUCACUCGCCCGCCGGAGGGCAGGGCAUGAACACCGGUAUCCAGGACGCCAUCAACCUUGGCUGGAAGAUGAGCGCCGUCCUGCGUGGAGAGAAGGACGACUCGUUCCUGGACACGUACCAGGAGGAGAGACACCCGAUCGGCAGCCGCCUGUUGCAUAGCACCGAUAGGAUGUUUAACGCUGUCGCAUCGCAGAACUUCAUCUACACAUACAUCCGCAACAAGUUGAUGCCCUGGAUUGUGCCGUACAUCUGGGGCGACAAGGCGCGCCGACUCCGUGCAUUCACCUUCAUCUCCCAGAUGGGCAUUAAGUACCGCAACAGCUCCAUCGUCCACACCGCGACCGGUUUCGAAGGCCCCGUCAAGGGCGGCUGGAGAGCCCCGGAUGGCGAGCUCCUAGAUGAGAGGGGCGAGAAGGGCAAGUGGCUGCUCGAGUUGUCCAGCAACAAGGAGCACACCAUCAUGCUCUUCUCUGGCAUGCUUGGGGACGAGGAGGAGGUGAAGCAGGCGGAGGAGAAGAUCCUCGCCGAUAAGCGCUACAAGGAGCGCGGGGUUGUCAAGGUCUUUGGCGGCCAGACGAUCGGCGCGGGAGGAUUUAGAGACAGGGACGGCGUGCUUCACAGGCGCUACGGCUUCGAAAAGGGGGCGGGCCUGGUGGUCGUCAGACCGGACGGGUACGUGAGCUUCGCCGGACCUGCGGAGUCGGUGGAGGAGUUUCUGUCAAUCUGA